UUUGGUUGGUUACGCCGUACGCGAAUGUCUACCCGCUGACCGUUCGGCGAAUUAUUAUUAUUUUUCAAACGUCGUUUCCCAAUGCUGCCCAAACGCGCGACGAUCAACCGGGACGGCCACAGCUGACGGUGUACGGGCCGGAAACGGCUCUCGGUCGCGCGUUUCGUGCGCAGUCGAACGGACGAUAAGCGCGUUCCGUCCUCCCCGGGCAGGAUAUCAGUGUAUUGUGUUACCGAUGUCCAAGACGAACAUAUUUGGAACCCCUGCGCGGGCAAUCGUCGCGGUCGCCGAGCGAUAGGAAUUGAUUUCAAGUGUGUUACUAGGUUCACGUGAGUUGAUUUCAAUUAGUGCUGUUUCACAUUUCUAUUGGCGGCGUUUGAGUCGAAUUCGUUUUUUUUUUUUUUUUUUUUUUUAAUUUCCUCCCGUUGCCGUCCGUUCGCCAUUUAAAGAAAUUAGAUUUGAAAAAUAAAAUAUCCGUUUUACGGUUCUUCAGGACCGUCGCCAUUCAGUAGUCGGUCAGCACUUGGUCUGCUAUAUUCGAACAAAGUUCUUUACCCGUCUAUUGCUCGAGAAUCAUCUUCCGACGAAACUGCUACCAAUAUGGCAAACGGCAUGAAGAAACUUGACGAAUACAAUUUGUCUGUCCUCCGCGAACAACUGUCGUUACCGGCCAACAAAUAUUGCUUCGACUGUCACCAGAGAGGACCGACAUAUGUGAAUGUUACCAUAGGAUCGUUUGUCUGCACGUCGUGUUCCGGUCUAUUACGAGGUUUAACACCACCACAUAGAGUUAAAAGCAUAUCAAUGGCAACAUUUAGUACGGAGGAAAUAGAUUUUAUCAAAUCUAGAGGAAAUGAGAAUUGUCAAAGGAUUUGGUUAGGGAUGUACGACUCAACACAACCUACCAAAGAUGAGAAACAAAUUAAAGAUUUUAUGGUUGCUAAAUACGAAAAAAAAAUGUAUUAUUCUGAUCCAGUUUCUCAAAAAUUGAAUAAUGGUAUUCAAGCAAAAUCGACUGUUACCACACCUAUUAUCACUGCAGCCUAUGAAAAACCUAUUAACAUAACUACACCAGCCAUAAAUAUAUCAUCACCAAACAAAUUUGAAUUUUUUAAAGAAGAACCUCUUGCUCAAAAUCAUCAGUCUCCCAUUCAAACAGCUCAAUCGUUUGCAAAUUUUGAUAAUAAUCCAGCAUUUUCUACAUCUUUUGAUAUUUCAAAAAGUAUCGACUUAAAUUUUAAGUUUGUUCAACCGCUACAAACUGGGUAUUUUGAUUAUUUGACAUCAAAUCCAAUACAUUUUUCACCAGCAAGAAAACCAAACAACAUAAAUAAUCGAUGGAGUGUUGCGAUAGAAAGUACUAGUCCUAGUACUAGUUGGAAAUCUAAUGGUUCUCAAGCACCAUCUGAAGACCGCUAUGCUGCAUUGAAAGAUCUCGAUUGUUUAAUGAAAUCUCAAGUUCAUCAAGAUACUCCUCCCCAAUUAGAUAAUAGUAACAGCUCUGCAUGGAGUUCUGAUGCAUCUUUAAAUGGUACAUGGAGUAAUCAAGUAUCUGAGAAUACUACUCAAAACCCAUUCAAAAGUUGUAUUCAAGAUAGCUGGGCUCCAUCAAACCAUGUAGUUAAUCCAUUUAUAAAUAAUAAAUCAGAUGAUUGGGAGAAUAAUAUUCAAUGGCCAAAUGGUUUAACUUCUAGUCAAUCAAUGGGUUUUAAUGAUGUAAAACCAUGGAGUGCAGAUUUUGCCAAUCCUUUUAAAAUUGGAUCAGAUUCCCCAUUAAACAAACAUUCAAGUAAUCCAUUUUUAUAAAACUAAUAUCAAAAGAAGAAGGAAAUAUAUCUGGUAAAUUGAAAAGCAUUAAACUGUAAUAUAGUUAUUGCUAUAUAGCUAUAGCAAGGAGAUUUAUUAUAUUUUUGUUAAAAACAUUGUAAUAAAUCUAAAAUAAAAUUUUAAUUUUAAUAA